GAUUGGCUCAUGUUAUCCGCUAUACACAUUUUAUGAAUAACUUAUUUUAUUUUGUAAUUAAACAUAAUCAUAAAUGAGUAUAGUCUUAUUCAUUGAAUUUCAUAAUGAUGUUUAAUUUCUGUUCCGCCUUCAAUUUGGUAUUAACCCCACCCUCAAUUUUUUUUGCCACGUAGACUAUGUGACGUGGUUUACUACUAUAUUACUGGCAAUCAACGCAAGCAUAAACAUGCGUCUGUUAAUAUUAUUGUCUCUGUAUGCGUUAUUAUUGAAAUGCAUACUUGUUUGUUUUACAGAGUCCAAAGACGUGUUGUCUGAAACAAGCGAUAAUAGAGAGGAAGGUGAUGAGACUGCUGAUGAUAUCGUUUCAUCAAAGAAAAAUGCGGAGAUUGAUAAAUCUUCAAAAUCAAAAUGCAUUAGAGUACUCUUCGUUGAAGAUGGUGAAGUUCGCGAUAUUUUUCGGACUCGUGAAGUAAGAACUAUGGAGCAUAAACACAUACGAUCACUAGAUGAUGUCGUAUUCGGCCAACCAUACAAAGCAAGGUGGCCAUACAACGGGUGCUUUUAUGCUGCGGAACCGGUUUCAUUACCAUAUACUCCCCAAAAAACAACGAGGAAUGCUGAAUCUGAACCAGAGGAAGUACACUCUUCUCCUCUGAAGCUUGUUAAAAAGAGGAGAAAACAUUUAUAACCACCAUUCUUCAAGCGUUUUAAUUUCCAAUAUGUCACAAGCAAGGCAUAACACAAUUUUCUUUUCUGACUUUGAAAAAAAUAAAAAAUGUAUACAAUAGAACAAAAACAAUGUUAUGUAGUACGGUUGGGGAAGAUGGGACAGCAA